AUGCCCUGUCGAGCACUCUUACUUCUUUCGCUUCUCUCCGCUCAUGUGAGUGCUGCUCUCGAUGGCAGCAGAUACAUGUGGUUCACAAAACCUGGUCGAUGGCCUAUCUUUGAAGAAGGAAUGCCAAUAGGCAAUGGUCGAAUCGGUGCGACUGUUUAUGGUGGCGGGGCAGAGGUCGUGGGCAUCAAUGAGAAUUCCAUUUGGACGGGGCCCUUUCAAGAUCGGACACCACUCAAUGCGACGGAGACCGAGCCUAUUGUUCGGGAGCUACUGCUGAAUGGCAGCAUCACUCAAGGCAACGUCUUGACCAUGGCCCAGAUGAUCCCGACCAACAACUCGCCGCGCGCCUACAGCUACUUCGGCAAUAUCAAUCUGGACUUCGGCCACCCUGAUGGGGACAUGUCAGAUUAUGUCCGAUGGCUUGACACGAAGGAGGGAAUUGCUGGGGUAAGCUACGGCAUCAAGGGAGUGAAUUAUACCCGAGAGUAUGUGGCCAGCUACCCGCAAGGUGUUCUCGUGGCACGAUUUAAAGCCAGCAGGCGAGGAGCCCUGAACAUCAACGCCACAAUGACCCGGAUCAAGGACAUCAAAUCGCUUUCGGCCAAUGUGGCCAUCAAUAACAAUACCCUCACUUUAGUCGGCACCAGUGGACAAUCAGAGAGUGAUCAUCCAAUUGAAUGGACGGGCCAAGCUCGUUUCAAGUCCGAUACAGGCACGUUCACUGUGUCCGGUUCGUCUCUCCUCAUACACAAUGCAACGACCAUAGAGAUGUAUUUCGACGUCGAAACCAACUUCAGAUACGCAUCCCGAGAUGCGCGAGAGCAGGAGAUGCGCGAAAAGAUAAAUAAUGCUUACCUGCUUGGUUAUGACGCUGUGAAAGCAGCAGCUGUUGCUGACACCGAAUCUCUCUUGGAUCGAGUGACACUCGACCUGGGCACAUCGCCGAACGGGUGGGCGAGACUUCCAACCGACCAGCGCGUCGGAAUUGCCCGUAAUACCUCUGCCGACGUACAACUCACUGUGCUAGUGUUCAACUUUGGUCGACACCUUCUGGUAGCUUCGUCUCGCAAUACAGGUAUUGGGACAUCACUCCCGGCGAACCUACAGGGUAUCUGGAAUAACUCCACAUCACCUCCGUGGGGAGGCAAAUACACCAUCAACAUCAACAUUGAGAUGAACUAUUGGCCCGCCGGACCGACCAAUUUGAUCGAAACACAGAAACCUUUGUUUGAUCUGAUGGCAGCUGCAGAUGUUCGUGGACAGUCAUUGGCUAAACGCAUGUAUGGCUGUCCUGGCACCGUUUUCCAUCACAACCUGGACCUGUGGGGAGACCCUGCGCCAACGGACAACUACACUGCGUCCACCAUGUGGCCGAUGGGGGCUGCGUGGCUGGCGUGGCACAUGAUGGACCACUAUCACUUCUCCGGGGAUACAACAUUUCUCCGCGAAGUGGCAUAUCCGUUCUUCACCAAUGUCGCCGCGUUCUACGAGUGCUACACCUUUCCCUACCAGGGUUACCAUGUCACGGGACCGUCUUUAUCGCCAGAGAACAACUUCUAUGUUCCCGCUGAUGAGACUGUCGCCGGGGCGGCGCAGAGCGUCGACAUAGCCCCCGCCAUGGACAACCAGCUAAUGACCGAGUUGUUUCGCAGCCUCAUAGACGCAGCCUCGAUCUUAAAAAUUAACGACACUGCCGUGCAGGCGGCCAAAGCAUUUUUGCCCCUGAUUCAGCCCCCGUUGAUCGGCUCGCUAGGCCAGAUUCUGGAAUGGCGCAAGGAGUACAAGGAAAAGGCCAUCGGGCAGAAGCACCUUUCACCGUUAUGGGCUCUGAUGCCCGGUCGGCAAUUCAGCCCGCUGCUGAACAGCACUCUUGGGACUGGGGCCGAAGUGCUCCUGGACCGACGUGUUUCCCAUGGGUCUGGGACAACCGGCUGGUCUCGGACCUGGCUGAUCAACCAGUAUGCCCGGCUAUUCCGUGGCGAUGAUGCGUGGGAGCAAUUGACCCAAUGGUUUGCGGUAUACCCCACCCCCUAUAACUUGUACAACACCAAUGAAGGCCCGGUCGGCCCGUACCAGUUCCAGAUCGAUGGAAACUUCGGGUUCGUGAGUGGCGUCACGGAGAUGCUCCUGCAGAGCCAUACUGGGAUCACUCAUCUGCUGCCGGCCUUACCCUCGGCCUUACCUCAGGGGUCAGUGAGGGGCUUGGUGGCUCGGGGCAGUUUUGUAGUUGACAUAGAGUGGGAGGCGGGGAAGCUGGUUCAUGCGAAUAUUACCUCGCGUGCGGGUGGGCAGUUGCAACUGCGAUGUAUGAAUGGGUCCUCGGUUGCGGUUAACGGGCAUGGGUAUACGGGUCCGCUCAAGACGCAGAUCGGUGCGACGUACGUUGUCACGCUGGUCUGA